GACCACGACUCGCACUCGUAUUGUGUCUAGCCUUGUCCAACGGCUGCUAGCCAUCCUUAGGUGGAGCUUGACUUUCGUUCAGCGGUGCCAUAUCCGUGACUAUCGAGGGCCCUUAUUAGACGGACCCCUUCGACAUUGACAACAAACUAUGGCUACCGCAACUUCGACCUGGCCGCCGGCUUUGAUACCUGCCCCUACUGGCUAUGUUGUAAACUUCGACCAUCCUCAGAGGAAAGGGGAGGUUGCUGGGUACUGGGUCUUCGGAGUUGGCAUGGUGCUCAGCUUCUCAUUUCUGAGUAUGCGAAUUUAUACGAAGACCGUUUUGGCCCGUAUGUUUGGGCUUGAGGAUGCUUGUCUUUGCAUUGCAUGGUGCUUUGGAAUUGCGACGCAAUCCAUUCUUGUUCACCUGUGGCUCACCAAAUCCUCAGGCGUCCACGCCUGGGAGAUGACCAUCCCAAGGUUCAACUACUUCAGCGUCUUGAUCAUGUCCGCCUCCGUUCUUUACGUGCCAUGCCUCGGACUUGCAAAGUUCUCCCUUCUGCUUUUCUACUACAAGCUCUCACCGCUUCAAUGGUUCAAGAUCGCAGUCUACAUCGUCAUGUUCGUUGUCAUAGGAUACAGCUUCGCCAUCAUUUUCGCGUUGAUCUUUCCGUGCCGGCCGAUUGCAAAGAACUGGGACGUUCUGAUCACCGAGGGGACCUGCAUUAACAGGACGAUCAUUUACAUCAUGACUGCCGUGGUGAACGUUGCCACGGAUCUGACGCUUCUGACGCUCCCUAUCCCCAUGAUCGUUAGGCUGCAAAUGCCGCGAAUUCAGAAAAUUGGCCUCGUUGCGAUGUUUACUCUCGGUUCACUAACCUGCGUUACCUCCAUCAUCCGUCUCGUCGUCAUCAUUCCCUCCCUUACGGACUUGGACCAAACGUGGGCCCUCAGUAUCCCCUGCAUCUGGAUCGUCGUCGAAGCCAACCUGGUCAUCAUCUGCGGCUCCCUCCCCGUCCUGCGCCUCUUCUUCCGCCACGUCUCGCCCAAGUUCAUCGGCGAAUCUAGC